UCAGUUUCUACGGAAGCGCCCUCCGCGGGGGCCCGGUGUUUCCGACGGGGGACGCGGGGCGCUGCUCGACCUUCUAGUCCCUGGGCGGGCCCUGCACGACCUGCGUGCUCGCUGGCGUCCUCUGCGGGGCAGCCGGUCGCCUGCUGCUGGGCGAGUGGACGCUGCUCUAGAUGCACACCGGGUGUUCGGGGUGAUUCCGGGCAAGGACUGAGGAGAUGGAUCAAGCAGGUUUUAAAUCAAGACUUAUCAUUCCAGCACAUAAAAGUCAUCUAUCCAACUGCUCCUCCCAGGCCGUACACCCCACUUAGAGGCCGGCUCUCCAGUGUGUGGUUUGACAGGCUGAGGAUCUCCAUCGACUGCCCCGAGCACCUGGAGUCCAUCGAUGCCAUGUGCCAGGUGCUGACCGAGCUCAUCGAGGAGGAAGUCCGGAGCGGCGUCAGCAAGAGCCGGAUCCUGCUAGGAGGAUUUUCUAUGGGAGGAUGUAUGGCCAUGCAUUUAGCAUAUAGGAACCAUCAGGAUGUGGCUGGGGUAUUUGCUCUUUCUAGUUUUCUGAAUAAAGCAUCUGUUGUUUACCAGGCACUUCAGAAGAUGGAUUGUGUGCUCCCAGAAUUAUUUCAGUGUCACGGCAUGGCAGAUGAGUUGGUUCUUUAUUCCUGGGGCGAAGAGACAAACUCAAAGUUAAAAUGUCUAGGAGUGAACACAAAGUUUCAUAGUUUUCCAGAUAUGUACCAUGAGCUCACCAAAACUGAGCUAGAAAAACUGAAGUCAUGGAUUCUUGCAAAGCUACCAGGAGAAAUGGAAAAAACAAGAUGAAUGAAAUGAGAUUUAUUUGUUAAUAUACACAUACUGUCCUUGUGAAAAGUUAUAAUGUUGUAAAGUUACUGCUAAGAUAUAAUGAUAAA